AUGUGGCUUGUGUGUGUGACACCAUGUGUUCUUCCUGCCCUGUGCUCGAUGUCUGCUGGAAUUGGCUCCAGCGGCCUAACAAACCUGCCUUGAUUUAGUAAAUGGAUGGAUAGUUAUGUAUUUUAUUAUUGUUCCCUUUUGCACAUCUGUUUAUGUUUUUAUUUCUUUAUUUUUAUGAUUGUUUUGUUAGUUUUAUUACUGUUUCUGCUUUGGUAAGACGUGUGGAUAUCUGACACUGACAGACAGAGACAGGUGGGGGUGAAAAUGAACCCCCCUUGAGAGCAGAGGGCUGACUCGAGCCGCACAGUUGUUUAAAUCCGUCAGGCUGAUGUGUGAGCCCCCCUCUGAUCAGAGACAGAGGCCAACAAAGGGGCCACACGGACAUACUGGUCAGUCGAGUGGAAGACGCGGGUUGAGCCACACGGGACAGAGAGAGAAAAAUCUGCCAUUUACUGUAACCUUUAAAUGGAUGUGAAAGAGGAGACGUGUGAGGCCGACAUGAACAUCAAGGAGGAGAGGACCAUAAAUGUUAAGGAGGAGGACUGUGAGUGGGAGACUGUCCACCCCAAACAGGAGAGUCUGGACAUUAAGGAAGAGGACCAUGAACUGGGGUCAGUGCAUAUUAAAGAGGAGGAUGAAGAGAAGUGUGUCAGCACUGAGAGUGUCAAGGAAGAUGACCCUCAUUAUCGAGAUCAAGAUGAAGCAGUGACCGGGUUAGUCUCUUCUCAUAGCAGACACUCUUCGUCUCCGGAGUGUUCUAUCAAUGUAAAAUACGAAACAUUACAGUCUGACAGAAAGACAACUGAAGAAAUUUCAUCUCCUAGGAUUGAGGAAGGUCAGCUACCACCCAAGACGUCAUCUAAAACAAGAAUCAAACUUCACUGCUGUUCUGAAUGUGGUAAGCAGUUUUCACGGAGAAGCUGUCUUCAGAGACAUCAAAGAAUUCACACAGGGGAGAAGCCAUAUUGCUGCUCUGAAUGUGGUAAAAAGUUUUCACAGAAAAGGAAUCUUCUGAGCCAUCAAAUAAUUCACACAGGACAGAAGCCAUAUUGCUGUUCUGAAUGUGGUAAACAGUUUUUACGGAGAAGCAUUCUUCAGCGCCACCAAAUAAUUCACACAGGGGAGAAGCCAUAUUGCUGUUCUGAAUGUGGCAAACAGUUUUCAGAAAAAAGCAGUUUUCAGCACCACAAAAUAAUUCAUACUGGACAGAAGCCAUAUUGCUGCUCUGAAUGUGGUAUAAAGUUUUCACAUAGAAGAAUUCUUAAGAGCCACCAAAUAAUUCACACAGGAGAGAAGCCGUAUGACUGUUCUGAAUGUGGUAAAAAGUUUUCAGAAAGAAGCAGUUUUCAGCGCCACAAAAUAAUUCACACAGGAGAGAAGCCAUAUGACUGUUCUGAAUGUGGUAAACAGUUUUCAUAUAGAAGCAGUUUUCAGCGUCACAAAAAAAUUCACACAGGGGAGAAGCCAUAUUGCUGUACUGAAUGUGGCAAAAAGUAUUCACGGAAAAGCAGUCUUCAGAAACAUCAAAUAAUUCACACAGGGGAGAAGCCAUAUUGCUGUACUGAAUGUGGCAAAAAGUUUUCGGAGAGAAGCAAUCUUCAGAAACAUCACAUAAUUCACUCAGGGGAGAAGCCAUAUUGCUGUUAUGAAUGUGGUAAAAAGUUUUCACGGAGAAGAAGUCUUCAGAAACAUCAAAACAUUCACACAAGUGAGAUAAAAAUGACACAAAACUCCCCCACCUUGUCCACAGAUGAACACAGUACUAUGCUAAGCAGCAGCAGAAGAAAUAAUUCAUAAAGUUUGAUGAAAACAAAAAUGACCUAAUUGGGGAAACUACAAGUAAAGUGGUUAAAUACACUUCCCCUCUCCAACAACCUCAUGUGGAAACAGAACUUACUCAUGCAUGGCUUAUGAGGGGUGAACUAAGACCAAAAGAUGUACUCCUCAUCAUAGGUGCACAAAACAGUGGCUUGGACACAAAGUGGUUCAGGUCAAAAAUAGAAAGAAAAAAAAAAAAAA